AGGAUGGAAUUCCAUUACAAAGGUCCUCACUUCAGCCCUGGAAGCACAAGAUACAGAAAAUGUAUGGUCUCCACACACUGGAGAUCAAAAGAUGUACUCCUGAUGAUUCAGGGGAAUACAGAAUAGUGAUCACAAGUUGCUUGGGCACAGCUUCCUCCUACGCUAUGGUCUUUGUAAACUCAUGCCAUGGUCCGCAGUCAGGAUAUGACCACACACAAGCCCCAAUUGCAGCGUCUGAGAAGGAGGCAGAUUUUGAGGCAGCCUUCAAGCCGUCUUUCGCCAAAGAGGGAGAAGCCUUCACCCUGUCUUGCGGAUUUUCUUCUGCCUUGCUAGCACACCAGCGUGGAAUCACCUGGUUUAGAGAUGGAGUCCCACUCAAAGAAUCCGAGGGAAUUGAGAUCAACACCGGACCUAGUGCAACAACUCUGACAGUGAAGGAGAUGCACAAAGAGCAUGAAGGCGUCUACACUAUCUGCCUGCCUGCUGCGAGUGGAGUCAAGGAGCACAGCGCAUACAUCUAUGUUAAAG